CGCAGAGUCGCCUCCUGUGAUGAAGAUCGCUUUCUCAGUACUACUACGAGGACAGUAUCGUCGCCCCGGGGCGAUUUGAAGGAGCAAGGUCUUGGACGAGUUUCGUACGGACAGAAGGCUAGGAGGUAUACAAAAUUCAAAUUGAUCCUUUGAUGACAGAUGAGUUCCUGCUACGCCACAACUGCCUUCCUUUAUGUGUACAAAAUGAUACAAACGCUCACAUUGAAAAGGAUUCAGAUUUUUUCACAAUGUCUUUUACAUGACCAGGUCUAUCGAUGCGACACCGAAGGACUACGAGAAUCACAGCACUUCCGGUAGCUCUUCUGCUGAUCGUUCUGCACCAUUGCGAAUUUUGUUUCAAGCGUGCCGAUGUCGGGGCGUUGUCCCAUCGCAAUGUACAGGACCUUUCUCUAUUGCAGGACGCCAGGUUGCUUUAUACAGGUGACACGAAGCAGAAGCAGCACUGAGCGGUACUUUACCUUCUUUUCCUGAUGAGAGAACAUUUUUUUUUUUUAAACUUUUUGAGAAGUAGGAGACCACGCUUCAAUAAUCUUCUAUAGGAUUUCAAAUAGUAGUAGACAGAUGGCGACCGCCACCGCGACGGUGUCCGCGUCUGUAUCUGCCUCCCAAUUUUCUCACUGCAGAUAUGGAGCAUUGCACCAGUACGAGUAGUUCACCGUAGCCCGAGGAUAUUAACGGUGAAGAAGCCUAACCGAUCCGCUGGAUGAACGAACAAGACACUACGACGUACGAACGUGCUGUUGUUGGUUUCUCUCUCAAUUUCUGCGUAGAAAAAUCUGGAUGAGUCAAUAAUGCAUUGAAGCGAAGGAAGCAAGAGCAACAGGAUUCAGGUGGGACGAAUCAGUACUAUUUUUAUAACUUUUCAGGUUAGAACCGGCGCCACUCUGGUAGCUCGCGCGGUUCGUCAUUCUUGGCUCCCUUUCUUCUUGCUAGGAGGUUGCGGCUUCAUCAGUUAAUCUCCUGUGAUACCAACGAGGACACGUUUCGCAGUUUGCUAGCUGUCGACUUCGUGGAGCGGAAAACGAAAAAGAGGAAUACGACAAUCAACGCAAUAGCUGCAGAUUUGUUUCAUCUCGAGCAAUCUAAUUUCGAAAACAGCGAAGAAUUACUGCAAACAAAACUCGAUUUCCACCAACCCUCCAACCUCCAGCAUUCUGUUCUUUCAAAGAGCAAUUUGAAAACUUAACUUUUAAUUGUUGAACCCCCAAUUUACAACUGCAAAAUGUGAAUUUCGAGAGAAUAGAGAAAAACUCAUGUAACAACUAACAAAGUUUCACUUCUGUUUCGAAGAAAGUUUCCAACUAAAGAAAAUCAAAUAUAAAGAAAUUUCCAUUUGAUCUAAGAUGCAGCGAAAGAAGAAGCGACGCACCUGCUUGAGCCAAUAAAAUUUUGCGAGGGCAGGUCGAGGUGUGCCUACGACAACGCAGAGAUAAAUCUUGUUUGUCGCUGCGCUCUUGCAGCCUUUCUAGAAAUUCUCGUGUGACCGCCUAUCG